UAUAGUAGUUUUAGAGCAGUCCUAAUGUCCAGUGGCUCAUAACAGCCCCCAAUAGGCCAUUACAUAACCAGGGAUUAUUGGCUCAAUUCUACUCUCAGGACAUUUCCCACUACUGGGAAAAUCCCUAAUGGCUGUUUAGGAAAGCUUUCCUUGUUCCUUUGGCUCACCUGAGCAGGGUGGUGUCUACACAGUCAAACUAGGCUUGUUGUCCUGUGUGUUAACAUUUCUAAACUUUUGUAUACUUUUUACAUUUAAGCUUACCAUUAGAAUAAAUUUGUCAGGCUUAUGAAUACAACAGGGCUCUUUCAGUGCAUGAUUGAAAGGGGGCAUUAUGUGUCUAUGCCUUUGCACAGAGGUGUUACAAAAGGGGGAGGUGAUGUUAUAGGGUAUAGCUGACAAAAAGUAGUGGUUGGUGUUGGACUGUAACAAGGUAGUGUGUGGGGGACAGGAGUGCCAAGUGAUACAUUUGGCAGCCCUGUGGUACCUGCUGAUGUCUCAGAUGGAUUUUCCCAUAUGCAGCUAAGAUGCAUUUGACUGCAGUUGUGCCUUCCAACUGCAUGGGGACGCUGUGGCACCUGCUAAGCUUCCUCUCUUGUUGCUUCCUCUUCUGGCUUACUCAGGCAGGAAGAGGUAGUAGUGGUUGCCAGAGGCAACAUUACCACUGAAGGUGGGCUGCUUAAUAUUGGCUCAAAAGUCCCUUAUUCUUUGGUUAGCUACAUUAGGCUCCACCAAUCAGAAACCCAUAGCAAACACUCCUCCCCCCCCAUAUAGCCCAGAAUUGCCUGUCAGUUACCCUCUUACCCACUUAUCCCAGCCCCAACUGACAAAUUUAGUGCAGCUCCACAUCUACCUUUACUGUUCGGAUUGGGGUGUUUUGACCAUAAAGUGAAGUUUAUUGUAAUAUGCAAAUUAUGUGCAAAUUAUUUGCAAAUAGGCAUAGUUAAAAAAAAGCCAUAGAAGAGCAACACAAAACUUGGCACUUCUGGUGGGGGUAGGGUUGAGGAAAGGCACUCGUCUUUGGGUGGGUGGGAGGCAGUUGCUUGUAUGCUGAAGGCAUUUAAAGGCAGUGUCUUUUUAUUGAGGUGGGGGGGAGGGUAUGGAACAGUGGUCAGUGAAGGAAUUGUGGAGUAGUCUUUAUCUCUGGCACCUCAGCCUCCCUUUUGGGGUCCUUGGCUGCACCUGCCAGCCAACCAGCACCCUCUUUGCCCUCAGCAACUUGCUUUCCUUGAGAGGCCCAGAGGGAAGAGGAGACAGAAUAGCUGAGGCAAAAGAACACUAAGCCACCAGGCAAGGACAGAGAAAGCCACCAGCCUCGCUGCACUGAACACAGGCCCGUGCUGCCACAAGGUACUGAGUGAGCAGGCCCGGACUGCCGGACGCUGCUGCUCUCUGAGUAGCACUGCUCUUGGAAGUGGCCAGAAUGAGCAUGACUGCCUCUCUGAACACCCAUUGUGUCCCGCUACCACUGCUUGGGCCUGAACAAGAGGAAGAGCAGGAGCAACCUCAGAUAUACAUGUGUGUGUUGUGGUAUGCAGGGCAGCUAGGGAUCACUUACUAUGACACCGGAGACUGCUCAGUCUACUUCAUGCCUGACAUGCCUGAUAACGAAGACCUCAAGCUGCUGCAAAAAGUAAUUGAUGAAGUCCUCCCCCAAUGCAUAGUGACUAGUGCCAAGCAGGAUCAUAACAUCGCCAAAUUCCUGACCAAUAUGGGUACUGCUACUGGCAAUGUGGAAAAGCCAGAAAUUGUCCUCUUUCCCAAUAUGGACUUUGGCCUGGAAGUAAGCAAACAGCGAAUCCUAUCUAGGCAAUUUCCUUUUAUUCCCUCUCAUAUGACUGCAACAGAAAAAAUCCUCUAUUUGUCUUCCAUCAUUCCCUUCGAGAGCCCACUCAUGGUACGAGCACUAGGUGGCUUGUUGAAGUUUCUUGACAAGAGGCGGAUCGGAGUUGAACUGGAAGAUAGCACCAUUGGGGUUCCAAUCUUGGCCUUUAAAAAGUUUGUGCUCAUGGAUAUUGUGAAUAUGGACCAAGAUACUUACUGUGUCCUACAGAUAUUUAAAAGUGAGGUACAUCCUUCUGUGUACAAGCUGGCCACUGGGCUGAAAGAAGGACUCAGUUUAUUUGGGAUUUUGAACUGCUGCAGGUGCAAGUGGGGAGAGAAACUAAUGAGGUUGUGGCUCAUGCGACCCACCCAGAACCUUACAGAGCUGAACAAACGGCUGGAUGUUAUCCAGUUCUUCUUGCUGGCUCAGAACCAUGAAACAGUCCUGACUCUUCAAGACUGCCUCAAGAAUAUAAAAAAUGUACCUCAGAUUCUGAGAAGAAUGACUCUUUCACAUACAAAGGUCAGUGACUGGCAGGCACUUUAUAAAACAGUGUAUAAUGCGGUGUGCCUCAGAGACACAUGCCGUUCUCUGCCUAGCAGCAUCGAACUCUUCCAGACCAUCUCACAAGUCUUCACCGAUGAUCUGUAUUAUAUUGCCAGUCUCAUCAGCAAAGUGGUAGAUUUUGAAGGCAGCAUCUCAGAAAACCGUUUCACUGUCAGACCCAAUGUGGAUCCCACCAUUGAUGAAAAAAAACGAAAGCUGAUGGGUCUCUCAGACUUCCUUACAGAAGUGGCCCGGAAGGAACUGGAGAUGCUGGACAAUCAGAUUCCUUCCUGUUGUGUCAUCUACAUUCCCUUGAUUGGCUUCCUACUUUCCAUUCCGCGGCUGCCCACCAUGGUGGACAAGAAUGACUUUGAGAUCGAAGGCCUGGAUUUCAUGUUCUUGUCAGAAGAUAAACUGCAUUACAGAAGUGCUAGGACUAAGGAACUAGACAGCAUUCUAGGUGACCUGCACUGUGAGAUCAGAGACCAGGAAGCACUUAUCAUGCACCAGAUGCAGACAAAGAUCUUGGAGAAGUCUGCAGUACUUAACAAUGUGAUUGAGUACACAGCACACCUAGAUGUUCUUCUAGCUCUGGCCGUGAUGGCUCGAGAGAAUAGCUAUAGCCGUCCAUGCUUUACCCACCGCCAUGGCAUCCAUAUCAAGGAUGGCAGGCAUCCACUCAUGGAGCUAUGCGCAAAGACUUUUGUGCCCAAUCCUGUGGACAGUGGUGAGGCUAGUGGGCGGAUAAAGAUCCUUACAGGGCCCAACUCAUCUGGGAAAAGUGUAUACUUAAAAAUGGUGGGACUCAUAACAUUCAUGGCCCUCAUUGGUAGCUAUGUCCCUGCUGCACAGGCUGAGAUUGGGGCUGUUGACGGGAUUUACACAAGGAUUCACAGCAGGGAAUCUGUAUCUCUGGGACUCUCCACUUUCAUGAUUGAUCUCAACCAGGUUGCCAAAGCAGUGAACAAUGCCACUGAGAGGUCCUUGGUACUUAUUGAUGAAUUUGGCAAAGGGACCAACACAGUGGAUGGCCUCUCCCUUCUGGCUGCUGUGCUGAGGCACUGGCUUAACCAGGGAAUCCAGUGUCCACAAGUCUUUCUCUCCACGAAUUUUCACAGCUUGGUGCAGCUGAAGCUCCUUCCUGACACUCCUCUUGUGCAGUACCUGACAAUGGAGACUCACCAAGAUGGAAAUGAGUUAGUAUUCUUCUAUCAGCUCAAAGAGGGGGUAUCCACCGUUAGUCAUGCUGCCAAUAUUGCUGCAUUGGCUGGGAUGCCACCCAAAGUAAUUGCACGAGGAGUGGAGGUAUCAGAGCUUAUCCGAAAUGGAAAACCCAUUAGACGUAUUGAUCAUCCAUCCAAAGAGAGCCAGCUGGAGAAAUGCAAGUCUCUGGUGGAAAAGUUCCUUUGCUUAGACCUUGAUGACCCCCAGAUAGACUUAGAGAAGUUCAUGAGUCAGGAAGUGCUGCCCUCUGCAGCCUCCAUUCUGUAACAGUUUAACCCUAGAAACAUGGUAUAUUUGUUAAAAGUCUCUCUGGCUGUCAAACUAAAAACAUUUUUGUAGGAGGGAACUUAAAAGCUCCUUAUACUUUGAUAUUAACAAAGAAUAAUAUCCCUUCCUUGGUGCAUUUUCUUCAACCACAAAUAUGAAAUGCUAUCCAAGAUAUAGUUGAAAAAUCCCUGGACAAGGAAAAUAUGUUCUCUGGGGGAGAUGGAAAUAGCAUCAGCCAUGAAAAAUAAUUUCUCUGACCAAUGCUCCCACCCCAUAAUUAAUUUUUAAUACAUAUUUAUUGUAAAAGUUAUGUUUCCUUUUUCCUGUUUCAGAUAGGUGUGUCUCCCUACCUGUUUGAGAUUUGAUGUUUUUUAUCUAGUAGUAGUAGAGCAUCAGGGCUGGAAGUCAGGGACCUUGGUUUCUCUUUCCCAUGUGACCGUGGGAUAAAAUCUUAACCUCUUUCUAUCUGCGUACAUAAAAUGAGUACAUACUAAUUUAAUUGCUUCAGAGCACAUUUUAAGGCUUGAAGGUUUGUAAAGUGCUUUAUGGCAAUAGAUGAAAGGUGCUAUAGAAGUACAACACAGUCAUUGUGUACAAGAUCAUAGUUUGGGACCAAACCAUGACACAUCCUUCCUGAGAUAGUAGCACUGUGCGGGUAAAGUGCUCAGUCCCUAAUGCAAGAGAAUGUGUUGCAUCACACUCUAGUGACUCGUCUAGUCACUUCUGGACCACUAUCAAGAGGUUGCACAGAAAUAUGUGUCCUGUUCUCUUAAGCCAGAAAAAAAUUGGCAUUAUGCAAGGCAUUAAGAAUAAAGAUAAUAGAGGGGGAAAAUGGAGUGAUGUCAUGGGCUGUAAGAAACUUAUUACAACACCACUGAUCUUGUCCAGGAAAGUGGCACUCACUAUGGCGAUUGGUGAAAUGGUGGUUUAAUAACCUUAUAAUACAUUACUCCUGGGGAACCCCACAUUCAAAUUCAGCUUAUUGUUGGUCACAAGUAGGAGUUUGUGAUUUGAUCCUUCUUGUUAUUGAUUGUUUGUCCACAUGACAUAAUAAAGCAAUCACGUAAUUUAUCUUGGACAGUCUCUGCUCAGGAAAAGCUAGUAGCUAUCAUAAACAGAAUGUUGCAGGGCAAAAACAGCAUACAUUGGCAGAAUCAUUUAGCACUUUGCUUUGAUGAAACAAGAACUGCUCUCUCCCUUUUAGGUUCUAUAUUAUAAGAAUACAGACUUAUUAUUUUGACUUCACUUAUUCUGGAAACAUACAGAAAGCAAGGGAAUUGUAGACUAUAUUGAUAAUGUUAGGGAGAGAUUAAUAUUUUAAAUUCUCUACAAUUUUACAUGAAAAUUUGAGGGAGGGGAAAUUGAUGAAACAGAAAUUUGCUUUCGUUGCAGUGCAGUGUUUUUUUCCUUUAAUGUUUUAUAUAAUUUGCUAUCAGUCUACAACAUAUACAACUACAGCUUAAAAAAAAGAAAAUGUACACGGGUGACAAAUUAACACAACUGAUAUAAAACAAUGACAGGGAUAAAUUACAGUAACAAACAGUUACUAUUGUUUCCAAUGGAAUUACAAUAUGCUCUCUUCAAAACAGUGUGCAGCAACUGUGCAAUUAACUUGUCAUCAGUGCAGUUAAAGCAAGCAUUUACCUUUGGACCUAAUUAACUGCUACACUGCAACCUGUACAGUCAUUUGGAUUAGUAUUAAUAUUAUUUAAAUACUUCCAAUCUGAUUGCAUUCACUUUCAAAUAGUGUCAAUGACUAUGCAAGCUGUUGAGCAACAGUGAAUCGCGCCUUAUGCUUUUACUUUUAAAAUAGUCUUGCCUUGGGGAGUUUUCAUUCUUCUCCAAAAUUGUCACAUUGAAUCUAAAGGGUUAAAUUUGAUAAACUGACUUCCACUUCCAUUAAGUUGUUAUGAACUAUGUUCUUUCUCUCACCUUAGAAACUGGUGGGGGGAUUCCAAAGAGAUUUUCUCUCAUCUGAUUAACUCCAGGUAAAUGUAGCAGCUGUUUUUAUGCUUAAUUAGCUUCUAUUCCAUUAAACAAAAAGAAAUCUGACCUUUUACUUUUUUUGCUGCUUUAAUUGUCUGAAGAGUAAUCUCUAGAAGAGACUUAACCUAUAUAGAAUUACAGAACUUUCAUUUUGGACUCAGUAUUUUUCAUUAUUUUACUACCUUUGAAAAGUAAAAGCUUUUCAAAAUUUUUGUUCCUCAAGAAUUUCAUUCUCUUCUCUUGGAACUAUAGAAUAGCCAGAGAAAGGGACCAUUUUAUCAGUUUUCCCAAAAUGUAAUGUUUAAUGAAUUUGGUGAGAUCAUUAGUGUUGGGGUAACUGUUUUUUUUAAGUCAGAAAACCCUAAAAUUACAAUGACUUCUCUCCUGAAUGUUUAUAACUACUGAACUGGUACUUCAUAUUUUAAAAUUAUUUUUAUCUACCAGUUGUUACUUAACAAUGCUAUAUAUAAGCUCUAUCAUAACCUUUAUCCAUUUUUCACUGUUACUUGUAAUGCUAUAUGCUAAUAGGAAAUAUACAUAAAAUUGUUUAAACAAUAAGAAACAAAGAAUGAUAGUAAAUGCUGCUGCUUACAAUGGAGAGAACUUUGAGCAGGAAACAUCCCAAUUAAAAGUGUUUCCCAUUAUUCAAUAUCAGUCUCCUAUGGUAUUUUUCUAUGGUAUAUCACUUAAUAUCUAAGCCACUAGUAUAUUUAUUAUUUAGUGUUCUGGAAAAGUAAUGUGCAUUAGGAUGACAGUAAUUUUAUUCUGUUAUUAAUAGCUAUGGAGAUCAACACAUUAGUGUACUGAACAGCAUUAUGAAACCUGAAAUGUAAUGUAGAUAAAUGUAAAAUAAUUCAUAUGACCCAAAUGACCUCUGACGUUAAAAUAAAUAACAAAAUUAGACAUAAUUGAGUAAGCAUUGAAGAUCUCUCUGCAGUGGUACAACUUUUACAGCGUUAAGUGCUAUGCCAGCCAGAACUUAUGUCCUGAAAUCGUUAGUUCCUUCCUAGAUUUCAUAGAUUGUAUUUAUGUUCUUCAAGUACGGUGGCAUAUCGAUAAAGUUGUAUAUUUUUAAAACUUUACAGUGAAAGAUUUUACUCAAUUAAACUAUUUAAUUUUCUGCUUAAGCAUUUUUAUACCUGUUGGGAGUACUCCCAAAGUUGUUUGUGAACAUUUCCCACCAAUAUACUUUAUCAAAAUAAAACACUUUAGCUUGUUGUGCUUAAAUUUUAAAUGUCAAAAGCUCCUUUUUCUUCUCAUACAAAAUUUUGACAAAUAUGUGAGAUCCAGGAAUAAUUUCACUUAUGAAUGUCAAAUAAAAGGUUGGUAGAUUCACCUAGCAUGCUACAUAGGGGCAGAAAAAAUAGUUGUGUGGAAAUUUAACAAUAGGAACAGGAGAGCAAUAAGAAACUUGGAUAGAGUAGUUAUUGUGGGUCAUCUUUUUGUGUGGUGUGAUCAUUUUUAUGUUUUUUCUCUUUCUUACCAUUACUGCAAUGUACCUUUAUUGAUGCACUAUUAAUAAUAAUAAUGAUUCUUAGCUCAUAUGUUAAACAAGCUAGUAUGGAGUUUUGUGUGAGUAAAGCUAGUAAUAUUAACCUUAAGAGAGUAAUUAAGAGGACGUGUCAUAUCUCUUUCCUUGUUCUUCUGGAAUUCAGCAUAGUAUAUGCAGUAAAAAGAGAGGUCACAAUUUGCAUUCUUUGCAUAAUCCAGCUAUGAAUUAUGAUCUUUGUUUCAAAACUGGUCUUUUCUGCCAUCCACUGUCAACAGGAAACAAUCCAAACAAAUCAC